AUGCCGACGCCACUGCAAAUCGCCCCGUUCAUUUUUGACGCGCCGCAUGUUCGACACUUAGAAAAUAUCGCUUCUUCAUCAUCUUCCUUCUCCGUCAACAUUGUACAAAAGGGCAUUCCAGUGGAACCGUGCUCACCUGGCCUCAAGAUGACAGCCAAACGUUACACAUCAGGUUUCUCUGGAGACAAUACAUUUGGACUUACCUUGCUCUUCGCGCACGGUGUGGGAUCCCAUAAAGAGCAAUGGGAACCUACUAUAGAGCGUAUUUUUCUUACGCAAGCUACAAAAGAGAGACAUCAUCAAAUACGAGAAGCUUGGUCAUUUGAUUGGCAAAAUCACGGUGACGCAGCGCUGGUCAACGAAGAAGCACUGAGGGGUCGGCAUGAGGGAGUCUGUGAGCACCUAAUCGUCAUUCGUGUCCGAGUGGAAACCGACUGGUUACUUCACACCACAGCAAUCUACGAAUGGGCACCUGCGAUAAUUGAAUUUGUGUUGUCCCCCCGAAUGGUUGGUCAUCGGAUAGUUCCUCUUGGCCACUCUGCCGGUGCUGGAGCCAUGAUGUUAACCACAAAAAGCUUCCUCUUGUCUCAUCUACCGUAUGUGUCGCUGAUACUCAUCGAACCGACGAUGAUCACUCGAGAGAUGUUUGAGGCGCAUUUUGACGACCGGAUUCGGUCAAUGGAGAUGUCGGUCGGCGCCACCGAAGUUAGGCGGGAUGUUUGGCCUGAUAGGGAAGAAGCUUUUAGGUGGCUUAGUCGCAGGUUCCCCUUCCGGACUUGGGAUCCGCGAGUGGUACGGCUUCUAGUGGAGCAAGGUCUUUACCAAAAAUCCCCGGGAUCCAAGGCAGUUUCGCUCAAGUGCGAUAGGAAACAGGAAGCCAUCUCGUACCCUGACGUCGAUGGACACUUUGAAGCAACGACAGAGCUUGCACGGGUUUGUCGUACCCUUCCGGUGCAUGUCAUCUGGGGAACGAGUAAUGAUAUGUUCCCGGAUUACUUUCAGGACUCUUUGACAGAUGCGACCCAAGGUAGGAUCGUCGCUUCCGCCUCAAAAGUUCAUGGUGCAGGUCAUCUGGUCAUGCAAGAGAAACCCGACCAUCUUGCACUCAAAAUUUGCGAAGCGUUAGAUACUAUCAGCCCGUAUCUAUCCUUCCGGUCAAGAUUGUAG